GCGCCCGUGGCCACGAGUCGGCCGACGUUCAUUGACGACCUCCGCAUGCACUGCUCGGACUGCGGCUGCGAGGUCCAGUUGGACGACAAGGUCAGGCUGCGCAACAAGGGGCGGGGCAAUUUCAGAUGCCCGCGCUGCGCGUGCAAGAUCACACAGCUCAGCAGGGAGCUGGGGGAGUGGCCGACAGCAGAAUUCUCCGCCCUCGACGACGAGGCCAAGAAGCAGUUUUACAACGGCGUGCGGGACAUCACCACCGCCAAGGACGUCGUCGCCCACUUCCGCGAGUACAUGAAGGGGUUCGAAGAGCACACCGAGUGGUAUGCGGAAGGCGGCGAGCUCUUGCCGCUGAGCGUGUGGGCGACCCGCGGGUUCGACACGGAUACCAUCAAGGACAUGUCUCAUCCGUGGGACAUCCGCCCCGACCGCAUGUUCACGAACACUUACCGCGUCCCGAUCUACUCGGCGGGCACGGCAGGAAAGAAGGGCAAGCGCCGCGAUGACGUGGCGGAGAGGGGCGGCAAGCGGGCUAAAGUUGCUGGCGCCGAAUCCGACAAGUCGGAGAGUUCCUCCGACAGCAGUUCCUCCGAUAGCAGGCGCCACAAGAAGAAGAGGAAGAGCCGCACGGACAAGAAGAGCAAAAAAGAGAAGGACUCAAGAAAGGCAAAGAAGGAGAAGGAGCGCGAGAAGCAGGCCAAACUCCUGGAGGCCGCCGCCAAGAAGCAAGCCGCGAAGGCCAUGAAAGGUGCUGAGUCUGUGAGGGACAAGGUCCAGGAGAUGCGCGACUCUUUGGUAACCAUCGUCGGCAACCCCAACUUCGCUGGGAUGCCGCCGAACGUUCGCACCACCGUCGAGGAGGACAACAUCAAGGUCCAGGACAUCUACAAUGACGUCGAGGCGAUCAUCCGCGGCGACAACGAUCGCACCAUCCGCCACUGCCCCGACGUCAAGGCGAUCAAGAGCUACCUGGCCGACGUGAAGCGCAAGCUGGAGACGGUGCGCACGUUGAUCCGCCAGGCGGGCACGUUCUGA